AUGGCAAAGAGAGUUUCUUACUUUUAUGACGGAGACAUAGGAAGUUAUUAUUAUGGUCCUGGUCACCCAAUGAAACCUCAAAGAAUUAGAAUGGCUCACAACCUAAUCCUUUCAUACGACCUAUAUAAGCAUAUGGAGAUUUACAAACCGCACAAGUCUCCACAUAGUGAGUUGAUCUAUUUUCACGAGGAAGACUAUGUAAAUUUUCUUUCUAGCAUUAAUCCUGACAACUCCAAAGACUUCGGGCUUCAGCUAAAAAGAUUUAAUCUUGGAGAGACAACCGAUUGCCCAGUUUUUGAUGGUCUCUUUGAGUUUCAACAAAUUUGUGCCGGUGGCAGUAUUGAUGGAGCCUAUAAAUUAAAUAACGAACAAUCUGACAUUUGUAUUAACUGGAGUGGCGGACUUCACCACGCAAAAAGAUCUGAAGCUAGCGGAUUCUGCUACAUCAACGAUAUAGUUUUGGGAAUUUUGGAGUUGCUUAAAUAUCAUGCUAGGGUUAUGUAUAUUGAUAUAGAUGUACAUCACGGAGACGGGGUGGAAGAAGCUUUCUACCUUUCGCAUAGGGUACUUACGGUUUCCUUUCACAAAUUUGGAGAAUUUUUCCCAGGUACUGGUGAUAUCACAGAUAUUGGAGUUGCUCAAGGGAAAUAUUACAGUGUUAAUGUACCGCUAAACGAUGGUAUUGAUGAUCAUUCAUUUUUAUCAUUAUUUAAACCCAUUAUUAGUAAGUGUGUUGAAGUAUACAGGCCAGGUGCAAUAGUUCUUCAAUGUGGAGCUGAUUCUGUAAGAGGAGACAGACUUGGUCGUUUUAAUCUAUCAAUUAAGGGUCAUGCAGAAUGUGUAGAAUUCUGCAAGAAAUUCAAUAUCCCCCUGCUUAUACUUGGUGGUGGAGGUUAUACAAUAAGAAAUGUUGCAAGAACAUGGACAUAUGAAACUGCUACAAUUUUAGAUAGAACUGAUCUAAUUUCGGAUGAUAUACCAUUGAAUGAUUAUUACGACUACUUUGGACCAGAUUUUAAGCUUCAUAUACCUCCUCUUAACCUACAAAAUAUGAAUUCUCAAGAACACCUAGAAAAAAUCAAAGCAAAAGUUAUUGAUAACUUAAAAUAUCUAGAGCACGCCCCAGGCGUAGAAUUUGCCUAUGUUCCGUCGGAUUUCUUUGAUAGAGAAGCUUCAAACCUCCAAAAACAAGAUGAAGAGGAGCGAGAAGAGGAACUUUCAUCCUGGCAAGGAGGAGGAAGGGCUGCGGGGAGCGUGGAUAAUCAAUGCAGCUAUAACGAAAAACCUAAAUCAUCUAAAAAAUUACAAAAAGAACACCCUUCUGAAUUUUAUUAA